AUGACCGUCGAACAACAACCAGCUAUCUUCAAGGUUAACGCUGCUCUUUUCGACUGUGACGGUACCCUUGUCAACUCUACCGGUGCCAUCUCCGAGUUCUGGAGAAACUUCGGUUCCACCAGACCUCACGUCAACCCAGAUGAGAUCAUCAGAACUUCCCACGGAUGCAGAACCUUUGACGUUAUCGCCAAGUGGUCUCCAGAGGACGCCAUUGAGGAACAGGUGACUGCUUGGGAAGCCGCUAUUCCUGACACUUUCGGUCACUACGCUAAGGCCAUCCCAGGUGCCGUUGAGCUUGUCAAGUCUUUCGACAAGGUCUCCAAGGAGGAUACCCCAGACCACAAGCAACGUUGGGCUAUUGUUACAUCUGGUACCUUGCCAUUGGCCACCAAAUGGUUGAAGUUGUUGACCAUCGAGAGACCAGACACCUUCAUCACUGCCGAAAAGGUCACCAAGGGUAAGCCACAUCCAAUGGGCUACCAAAACGCCAGAGACACUUUGGGUUACCAAGAUCCAUCCAAGAAGGUUGUCGUUUUCGAGGAUGCCCCAGCUGGUAUCACCGCUGGUAAGGGUGCUGGCGCCAUGGUCGUUGGUAUCUGUUCCACCUACGACGCUGAGAAGGUCAGAAAGUCCGGUGCCGACAUUGUCGUCGACGACUUGACCUCUUUCAAGAUCCUUGGUUACAACAAGGAGACCGACGAGAUCACCGUCCAGGUUUCCAAGUACCACUACGCCAACGACGAGUUCUUGCAGAACUCCGCCUAA